AUGACUACACGAUUAUCUAUCUAUCUAUCUAUCUAUCUAUCUAUCUGUCUGUCUGUCUGUCUGUCUAUCUCAGUCAGUUCAUAUUUAUCUAUCCUCUUAUCUAUCUAUCUAUCUCACGAUAUUUUUUUUAUUUUCUAUCUAUCUAUCUAUCUAUCUAUCUAUCUAUCUAUCUCGGUCCGUUCAUAUCUAUCUAUCUAUCUAUCUAUCUAUCUAUCUAUCUAUCCCUUUUCAUUUUCUUUUUAUCUAUUUAUCUGUCUCAUUCAUUCUGCUUCGUUAUCUAUCUAUCUAUCUAUCUAUCUAUCUAUCUAUAAGUCCGUUCACAUCUAUCUCUCCCUCUAUCUCAAGCUGUUCGUAUCUUUCUAUUUCUUUGUUAGUAUUUCUCUCCCUUUCUCUCUCUCCCACUAUCUAUCUAUCUAUCUAUCUAUCUAUCUAUCUAUAAGUCCGUUCACAUUUAUUUCUCCCUCUAUCUCAAGCUGUUCGUAUCUUUCUAUCUAUCUUUGUUCCGUUAUUUCUCCCUCUAUCUCAAGCUGUUCGUAUCUUUCUCCCUCUUUGUUAGUAUUUCUCCCUUUCUCUAUCUAUCUAUCUAUCUAUCUAUCUAUCUAUCUAUCUAUCUAUCUAUCUAUCUAUCUAUCUAUCUAUAAGUCCGUUCACAUCUAUCUCUCCCUCUAUCUCAAGCUGUUCGUAUCUUUCUAUAUCUUGGUUAGUAUUUCUCUCUCUUUAUCUCUCCCUUUCUCUCUCUCCCACUAUCUAUCUAUCUAUCUAUCUAUCUAUCUAUCUAUCUAUCUAUCUAUCUAUCUAUCUAUAAGUCCGUUCACAUCUAUCUCUCCCUCUAUCUCAAGCUGUUCGUAUCUUUCUAUAUCUUGGUUAGUAUUUCUCUCUCUUUCUCUCUCUCCCUUUCUCUCUCUCACACUAUCUAUCUAUCCAUCUAUCAAUCAAUCAAUUUAUCUAUCUAUCUACCUAUCUAUCUAUAUAUCUAUCUAUCUGUUUCUGCUCAUAUAUGCCCAUCGAUUUAUCCCUGUCUGUCUAUCACAAUCAUCGUUCUGGGGAUGA